AGUACCAUCGGCUAGGCUAGGCUAGGCUAGCUGACCGAAGCUAAAAUUUGACCCCGCAGCGAAUGUGCGCUGAGCGACAAGAAGACAUCCGGGCGGCGUGCAUGGAAGAUGGCGACACUUAUCCUCCCUGGUGAAUGGGUGAAGAAUUGGGAGAAAUCGGGAAAACACGAAUUCGUACAACUCUGCAAAAGACUAACAGAGAAAAUAGAUCAUGGAUGUCAGAUAAAAGAUGUCCAGGCGGCCUUAUAUGAGCUCUGCUGGCAAGGUGUACAGGGCAACCUCAAGUUGGACCUCGUCGCCAGCGUCCUCGGCGAGAUGAUGGAACUGCGCGAUGACAUGCCAUCGAUUUUAGCUGAUGUCUUUAGUGUGCUAGAUUUAGAGACCGUUGCACUGGAAGAAAAACACAAACGUGACCAUUACAUCCAGUUAGUGGGCGCAUGUUUGAUUUUUGUUCCAGAUGCCAUCUUAAAAGAGCGUCUGGAUCCAGAAACACUUGAAUCUCUUGGACUUAUAAAACAAGCCCAUCAAUUUAAUCAAAAGAUCGUCAAGAUCAAGACAAAACUAUUUUACAAGCAACAGAAGUUCAACUUGUUAAGGGAGGAAAACGAGGGCUACGCCAAACUAAUCACAGAGCUUGGCCAAGACCUGUCUGGCAACAUCACCAGCCACAUUGUAUUGGAAAGCAUCAAGUCUCUCAUCGGAUGUUUCAAUUUAGAUCCUAACCGUGUUUUGGACAUCAUCCUGGAGGUGUAUGAGAGCCGAUCAGACCAAGAUGACUUCUUCCUGUCCCUCAUCAAGUCCUACAUGUGCGAGGCACUGACUCUCUGCCACAUCCUUGGCUUUAAGUUCAAAUUUUAUCAGGAACCAAAUGAGGAAACCCCUAAGUCACUAUACCACAUUGCUGCUGCUCUACUUCAUCAUAACCUGAUAGAAUUGGAAGAUCUCUAUGUACAUCUUUUGCCACUAGAUUCCGCCAUUGUGGAGGAACACAAACUCGUUAUUUCAGAGGCCAAGCAGAUUGCUCGCAAGCUGGUCAUGGUUGUAGUGCCUUCGGACAAAAGUGAAGACAAGGAAAAAGAGAAAGAAAAGGAGGAAGAGAAGAUUGCGCAGCCACCUGAUAACCAGAAGCUUGGUUUGCUGGAAGCACUUCUCGGGAUUGGAGACUGGCACCAUGCACAGAGCAUAAUGGACCAGAUGCCUUCCUUCUAUGCUACUUCUCAUAAGUUCAUUGCACUGGCACUCUGUCAGCUGUUGCAUCUGACUGUGGAGCCUCUUUACCGAACGGCUGGCCUCCCAAAAGGCGCACGGGGAUGUGUGAUGCAUCCACUGAAGAAUAAGCGGGCCCCUAAGCCUGCAGAGAGCUUUGAAGACUUGCGCAGGGAAACAUUCAGCAUGCUCGGCUACCUGGGUCCUCAUCUCGCGCAUGACCCCAUCCUCUUCGCCAAGAUCGUGCGCCUUGGCAAGGCAUUCAUGAAAGAGUACCAGUGCAGUGAGGGCUUGGAUAUAAAAGAUAAAAUGGAAACACUAUUGAGUUGUUUCCUGAGCAUUGCAGACCAAGUGUUACUCCCAUCCCUCUCGCUGAUGGAGUGUAAUGCGUGUAUGUCUGAGGAGCUGUGGGGUUUCUUUAAGCUUUUUCCCUACCAUCACAGGUACCGCCUGUAUGGACAAUGGAAAAAUGAAACGUAUUCCAGCCACCCCCUGCUGGUAAAAGUCAAAGCUCAGACUGUGGAAGGGGCUAGAUACAUUAUGAAGCGCUUGACCAAAGAGAAUGUGAAACAAUCUGGAAGGCAGAUCGGCAAACUAAGCCACAGCAACCCCACCAUCCUUUUUGAUUAUAUGCUGUCACAGAUCCAGUGGUACGAUAACCUCAUUGGUCCAGUUGUGGAUUCCCUGAAAUACCUCACAUCCCUCAACUACGAUGUCUUGGCCUAUUGCAUUAUCGAAGCUCUGGCCAAUCCUGAGAAGGAGAAGAUGAAGCAUGACGACACCACAAUCUCAUCAUGGCUACAAAGCCUGGCAAGUUUGUGUGGAGCUGUGUUCAGGAAAUAUCCAAUUGAAUUGGCUGGUCUUCUUCAGUAUGUCACCAAUCAGCUAAAAGCAGGGAAAAGUUUUGACCUGCUGAUCCUGAAGGAAGUGGUGCAGAAAAUGGCUGGCAUAGAAGUCACAGAUGAAAUGACAUCAGAGCAGCUUGAAGCAAUGACAGGAGGGGAACAACUCAAAGCUGAGGGUGGCUACUUUGGUCAGAUUAGGAACACUAAAAAGUCAUCCCAACGUCUUAAGGAUGUGCUACUUGAUCAUGAACUGGCCCUGCCGCUUUGCGUACUCAUGGUACAGCAAAGAAAUGGUGUGGUGUUCCUAGAAAGUGGAGACAAAGAUCUCAAACUGGUCGGCCACUUGUAUGACCAGUGUCAUGACACACUGGUGCAGUUUGGUGGCUUCCUGGCCUCCAACCUCAGCACAGAGGACUACAUCAAGCGUGUUCCCGCCAUUGACGUCCUUUGUAACCAGUUCCAUACGCCACACGAUGCUGCGUUCUUCCUUUCUCGGCCAAUGUACGCCCAUCAAAUAUCGUCAAAAUAUGACGAGCUGAAGAAAGCAGAGAAAGGCAACCGGCAGCAGCAGAAGGUGCAGAAGUACGUGGCAGCCUGCGAACAAGUAAUGACACCAGUGCACGAGGCAGUGAUGUCCCUCCAUCCAGCCCGCGUUUGGGAAGACCUCCGCCCCCAGUUCUAUGCCACCUUCUGGUCUCUUACCAUGUAUGACCUGGCGGUGCCCCAUGCGGCCUAUGAGCGUGAGGUCAACAAGCUCAAGGCCCAGAUCAAAGCUAUUGACGAGAAUCCUGAAAUCCCUAUGAAUAAGAAAAAGAAAGAGAAGGAACGCUGCACCGCUCUGCAGGAAAAACUGCAGGAGGAGGAGAAAAAGCAACAGGAGCACGUUCAAAGGGUGCUCCAUCGCCUCAAACUGGAGAAAGACAAAUGGUUGAUGACCAAAUCUACCAAGAAUGAGACCAUAACGAAGUUCCUGCAGCUGUGUCUGUUCCCUCGCUGCAUCUUCUCUUCCAUCGACGCGGUUUACUGUGCCCGUUUUGUCGAGCUAGUUCACCAACAGAUGACGCCCAACUUCUGCACUCUGCUGUGCUACGACAGGGUGUUCUCAGCAAUCAUUUACACUGUGGCCAGUUGUACGGAAAAUGAGUCUCACCGAUAUGGGCGCUUCCUCUGCUGCAUGCUCGAGACGGUGACCCGCUGGCACAGCGAUCGUGCCGUCUAUGAGAAGGAGUGUGGAAAUUACCCCGGCUUCCUGACUAUUUUGCGAGCCUCAGGCUUCGAUGGAGGCCAACAAGCCAAUCCACUCGAUUAUGAGAACUUCAGGCAUGUGGUGCACAAAUGGCAUUACAUGUUGACAAAAGCUUCAGUACACUGCCUGGAAACUGGAGAUUACACCCACAUUCGAAACAUCCUUAUUGUUCUCAUCAAAAUCCUGCCAUGUUACCCCAAGGUUUUGAAUCUGGGCCAAGCGCUGGAGUACCGUGUCCACAAGAUCUGCGUUAAGGAGAAGGAGAAGAGGCCAGACCUCUAUGCCUUAGCGAUGGGCUAUUCAGGUCGAUUGAAAAGCCAGAAGGUGCGCAUGGUUCCUGAGAAUGAGUUUCACCAUAAAGAGCCACCAGCUCGCAAUGUCACUCCUGCCAGUCAGCAGAAUGGACCCGGCACCACGGGCAAGCCUGCCACAGCCAUGAUGAAGGGAGAGGAUGGGUUCUCAGAAGAUGGUGACCGGGGGAAGGAUAAAUCUCAGACUACCAAACCAGUAAACAAAGCCAACACUGCAGCAGCUAAAGUGACCACCAGCAAUGGGAAUGGUGCUCUUAACAGCAUCAAAACCAUAAAAGAGCGGGACGACAAAGAGAAGAGUGGCAAGGACAAAAAAGAGAAAAAGGAAAAGACACCAGGCACCACUCCUGAAACAAAGGCAGAAGCCCGCCGAGAAAAGCUGAGAGAGGAGAGAGCAGGAAAAGAUGAGCGGGCGGUUCGUGAGGGUAAGGAGAAGACACCCAAGGCAGACCGAGACAAAGUCAAGGCUGAGGAGAAGAACAAAGAUGACAAGACCAAAGCGGGCAACGGGGAGUCCGUGGAGCCUUCCAGAGAGCGCGAUGCCAUCAAGGAGUCGAAGAGCAAGGAGAAAGGAGACAGGAGCGCAGUGGCCGGCUGCCGCAAGUCCCCAGUUCCCAGAUCAGACGUAGCUGAUACUGAGAGGGAUCACAAAAGACGAAAGCUCGACAGUCACUCUUCUCCAUCCCACUCCUCGUCUGUUAAGGACAAUAACAACGAUCCCAAGGAGUCCGCAUCCAAGCACCACCUCAACUACAAUUCAGUAGCACGGUCCAAAAGCAGAGAGAGGGAGCUGGAGAAGAACGAACUUGAGAAUGCGGUUGGCCGAAGCAAAGAGAAGAAAGAAGAAAAGGAGCGCAAAGAGAGGAAGAGAGACGUCGGUGUCGGUGAGCGUGAGGUCAGCCUCGAACCCAAACGCAGAAAGGACGAGAACGGAACCAACUCCUCCAAAAACAGCCAGUGCGAGAGUCCUUGCGACUCUCCGCUCUCGGUGGAGAAAGAGAAGAGCAAGAGAUCCAAAUCUUCUAGCAAAGAGAAGGGCGACUCCGCCAAACCCGAGCGAACGUCUACCGGAGGAAAAAAGGAAUCCCGACACGAUAAAGACAAGUCUGAAAAGAAAGAGAAGCGGGACAGCAGCGGAGGAAAGGAGGAGAAAAAACACCAUAAGUCCUCUGACAAGCACAGAUGAUGUGCGCUGCUCAGUCAAGGUAAGAUGCUUUCUUUGUCACGACAAAGUACGCGGCGUUGACGUCUUCUCCGUCCCCUCUGCUCCGUGUUUCCACCAGCAGACCUGGGAAAGUUGUGCUUUUAGCUGCAAGACUUCAACUACACCUCCAUUUGUGCUCUGUUGACUUUAUGGCCGACCUCCAUUCCUACCCGUUUUUCCAUCUUCUUUUUUUGGGUUCAAUUAAAUCCCCUCCCAUUAGCUAUCUGCUGGACUCGUUAUCUUUCGAGAAAAUAAAUUGGAAUAUCUUAAUCCAUAAAUCUUCAAUGUGAGCAAAAUGUUUUGCCCUAUUGACAAUGUUAUUUAGUGAAGUUACUGUAAGAAAUGACCUUGUAGCAUCUGAUUAUGGAUUUGUUAUUGUCUUGAAAAUGUCUAUCUUUUUGCCUUCAGGCUUUGCUUUGGCACAUUUUAUUGGCGUUAUGCUUUCCAUCCUCAUUAACCUCAUAUCCCGCUGAGAUAUUUUUAUUUAUUUAGUGCCACCUUUUAAUCCCUGUUAGACAAGACCUUAAGUGAUGAAAAUGUUUUUUUUUAAGGACCAGUUUGUAUAUUGUGUACAAUAAUAAAGAAGGUAACAUGGA